GACAAUCACACCUAAGUACGUCCAAGCAAGCCACCAAAAAUGUCUUCGAAGCGCGGACGAGGCUCGACCUCUGGUAACAAGCUCAAGAUGACGCUCGGUCUGCCUGUCGGCGCCGUCGUCAACUGUGCCGAUAACUCGGGAGCUCGCAACAUCUACAUCAUCUCAGUCAAGGGUAUUGGUGCGCGCCUGAACCGCCUGCCAGCUGCUGGUGUCGGUGAUAUGGUCAUGUCAACAGUCAAGAAGGGCAAGCCAGAACUGAGAAAGAAGGUCAUGCCUUCCGUCAUCGUCAGACAGAGCAAACCCUGGCGGAGAGCAGACGGCACAUAUCUGUACUUCGAGGACAGCGCCGCCGUCAUUGUCAAUCCCAAGGGUGAAAUGAAGGGCUCCGCUAUCACCGGUCCAGUCGGAAAGGAGGCUGCAGAGCUAUGGCCACGUAUUGCUUCCAACUCGGGUGUUGUGAUGUAAAAGAGCUAGAAUGAGAAUAGGAAGGCUCGCGGGUGAAGAGCAGGAGACUUUCACGGACAUCGAGCCUCACGAUGGGCUUUGCACAAGACGGAGUUAUACCAGGCUUCAUGGCGAUUAACGGUUGACAAAUCAAGACGUCAAUUCUCAUUGCAGACGACCUAUUUGCUGUAUCAUUUUGACCGCUCGCCUUCGAAAAUAAGCAUAUCACGUGACAUAGCCUCCUUCGCCUGCUUUUCCCUUCAACUUCUUAGCUUGCACUUGGCAACGACUAUGGUUGAUUAUAUUUACGAGAUGAUAGGCGCGAUUUCUAUUUAUAUAUAGAGAGAGAGGGAGAGGCCUGUCCUAUGCACUUGGGAAUGGCAUUUCUCCAAACCAAGCGCUCAGAAAAGGUAGUCAUAACCUGGACGUCCAAUCAUCAGCCUUAGAUAUAGCCAUGGCAUGUCGUACCAAAAUGUUAUAUGCUGAGCCCUUGGCAGAAACGUGAUCUCUUCGGUCGAAGCCAUUAGUUUGAUCAUGGCUUUACGGUCUAAUGGAGACUCAGCAAAAGCUUGGGUUCGCAAGUAUAUAGCGUGCAGAUUCGUCC